UUCUGAUUAACAUUAACAUUUUGCUUAAAAGAUUAUGGCAACACUUAACAGUGUAUUAUCUACUUUUGCAGACAGCGACGUGGAGUCAAGGAUAAGGCAUGAAAGAAGGAAGGAAGAAAGAAAAACAGAGAAAACAAUGGAAGAAAAGUUGUCAGGUGCAGCAAAGAAGCUUACCUCGUCACCCAUUCAAGAACUCUCCCAGCUUGCUCAGAGAUCCAACGCCAUCAACCUCGCCGAGGGCUUCCCCGAUUUCCCUGCCCCUCUCCACAUAAAAAACGCUGCCGUUUCCGCAAUCAAUUCCGAUUUCAACCAGUACAGAUUUUGUAAUUGGAGGCACGUGCAAGGUAUGUGUGAUCACUUGACCAAGAUGGUGAAGGACAUGCAUGGCUUAGACAUCGAUCCUCUCACUGACAUAGCUAUUUGCUGUGGUCAAACUGAGGCAUUUGCAGCUGCAAUAUUUGCAACAAUUGACCCGGGUGAUGAAGUCAUAUUGUUUGACCCUUCGUAUGAAACAUAUGAAGGAUGUGUUACCAUGGCUAGGGGAGUCCCUAUUCAUGUGCCGCUUGACCCGCCUCAAUGGACCCUGGAUCCAAGCAAAUUACUGAGAUCAUUUAGUGAGAGAACUAAAGCCGUAAUACUUAACAGUCCUCACAAUCCAACUGGCAAAGUUUUCACAAAAGAGGAACUUGAGAUUAUUGCUGGAGCAUGCUGCAGCCAUAAUUGCUUGGCUAUAACAGAUGAAGUAUAUGAGCAUAUAACAUAUGACAACUUAAAACAUAUAUCCCUUGCCUCAUUUCCUGGAAUGCAAGAGCGGACUAUUAUGACAUCUUCUUUGUCUAAAUCAUUUAGUGUCACAGGUUGGAGGGUUGGAUGGGCAAUCGCACCAGCUUUUCUUGCAUCUGCUAUCAGGAAUAUUCACGUAAUAGUUACAGACUCUGCUCCAGCACCUUUUCAGGAAGCUGCCCUGACUGCUUUGAGGAGCCCCCCUGAAUACUUUGAAUCGCUGAGAAGAGAUUAUCAAUCAAAAAGGGACUUUAUCAUCAAAUUGCUUGCAGGAGUAGGUUUUAAGAUACGGUUUAUACCUCAGGGUUCGUUCUUCUUAUUUGCUGAGCUUCCCGACAAUUACCCCCUUUCAGAUGUAGAAUUUAUUAAGAAACUAAUACUAGAAGCAGGGGUGGUGGCUGUUCCAGGACAAGGAUUUUUUCAUACAAACUUAACAUCGAAUGAAGUUUCUGACGUAAAUUGUUACCAGAAGAGAUACAUCAGGUUUGCGUUCUGCAAGAGUGAUGCAACCUUGACUGCUGUUGCAGAAAGACUAGGUAGGCUUUUGGAUGCUGCAGGGCAUCUUGUGCUACAUUAGAUUAGCUGAAAAUGGAUGACUGGAACAACUAAGAUUGAGGAUACCACAAUUUUGUUAGAAUAAAUAAAGCUUGUAUUACGGAUUCCUUCGAUCAAAGAUUGUGAAUUAAGCUAGUUUAUAUUUGAUUCAUUGGUCAACAAGAGAUAAAUAACCACGCAUUCCCUUUGUCCACCCCU